AUGGAUGGACCAUAUGGAGGAGGGAAUUCUUUCCUCCACACAUGUUUAGAGAGAUGCGACUUUAUGGCAUUUUUUGCGGAGCUACCGAAGACGAGCAACCUGUUUGUCCGUGACAGGGGAGGGCGGACUGUCAUGGAGCUGGCGAUGCACAUGGCAGCUGAUUUGUUUCAGUCCUGCUUCAGCACAUCUUUCCCCAUAGAUAGCAGCGCUUUCGGAAAGUAUAUGUCAUGCUCUUGCGCCGUCUGCUCGCACAGGAGGCAUCGAGGCAUGCGAGAUGGUCAGGGGGAGAAUGAGAAGAUACACCAGUGCAAGAAUCCAAUGCGGGUUCGGUAUAAUGAAGAGUACAUUAAUAUGUACCUCCAGCCAAAGCAAAUGCGUCUAAAUAGCAAGCUUGCCCCCGCGGGACCAUCAUUCCCAGCAACUCACAAAUAUACUCCUACACAGUACCCCCCGGGGUGGAAUCCCAGUACGAGGUCCUCUCACGGCAGAUCUCAGCAAAACCCGGCAGAAAACCAGGGUGAUUCUGUUUCAGCUUCAUUCCCUCUGCCAUCUGGGGCUCUGGCUAGUGUUCCCGGUCCAUGUCUCCCCCAGCAAUACUUCUACCCCUGCGAAGCUGAAGAUGAGAGCGCCGAGGGAGGGAAAUUGGCUCUUGAACAGGUGAAGCUAGAGAAUAGAAUGGUGCAACGCGAGGUACUGGUUCUUGUCGAAGACGUCUGCACCGGUCCUCUGUGCGAUACCAUGAAGGCCAGGAUGAGACGGCUGUUGAAGAAGCUACGGUCGUUAAUGCUCGUCAUGAAGCGGCUUGGGGCAUGUUACAUGCUACGUAUUAAGGCGACUGAGGCUGCCGUGGACGGAAAUCUUUUGCAGCAGAAAAUCACAUAUCCAUUUCUUUAUUCGGCAUUGCUGCAUAAAGCAUUUAAGCUAUACCCCAACGGGCCUAGGGGCCAAGCAUUUGACCCCCUGAAUCCAGCAGAUGGACGUCGUAUGAUUCAGUUGCUGGUGAACUACCAGCUGCCAGGAUAUGAAUUGGCUCUCUUCCUGGGGAAUUUAACUUCUAUUUUCAGCGAAUUCGUGUCAUUUUUCGCCCAGGAUGACGUGCGCAUUUGGCGUCCAGGGAGAGAAUUGCAACAGUUCUAUCUUCACAUGGCAUUUGCCUUAGAUAACGUGGAUAUAUUUAAAUUCAUCGUUAAUUAUGGGCAACUCUUCGCGGGGCCCACAGAUAUUUUCAAGUGGGAGGACCUUCUGUAUGCACUCAUGGAACACCGGGACAAAUUCCGUCCUUACUUCUCCUCCCUUUUGUCUUCGCGCCUGAAGAGCCGCGUGCAGAAACGGCUAGUAGAGGAGGGCACGGCGAGUGACAUCAAAAUGAAAUUCCCAGCAGAGCCCGUCAAAUACCCCUGUGAGGAGCGCCUGCUGACGCAAAAGGUUCUAAGCGAGUAUGGCUCUCUCUUUGGAAAAGAAGAAGCAAAGGAGCUCAGCGAGCUAUUGAGGAGAUGGAGAUAUGGGGCAGCCAGGCCAGAAAUAGAUAGGACAGGGAAGGGGGGGGCGUUGAAGGCCUCCGUCUCCUCUGCUCCACAGGCCUUCUGGUGUUAG